CUUGACCCAAAUCGUCCAUCUGCAGCUCAAUGCAAAUUCAGCCUUUGACUUGCGACCUUUUCCCGCUCCGCCGGUCUCUUAACGGCAAACCGUUUCGAUCCUACGCAAGAUUGUCUUGAAUUCUAAACUCCGAUCAUGUUGUUCUAACUUCAGCUCUCAAUACUCACCUCUUCUUCCAACAAGGUCUUCUUUCUUGACAUGUCCUCCGGCACUGUCUACGAGGCAACAUGGCCCUUCUUGAAGAUGCUCACGGUGAAAUUUCUGUCGGUGCCCUCAAAGGAUCCACGGCAGCAGAUCUGUAUCGAUUCUCCAUCCCCUUGAUGGUAUUGACCUCCCUCUUUCUUGGUCUCCGCGUUUAUGUUCGGGGCUACAUGACCAAGACUUUCGGCAUUGAAGAUUGGCUCAUCAUUCCAGCACACGUGUUGUUCAUGGUACUUUGUAUCUGUGUGAUUGUCAUCGGACAAUGGUUGUUGAGCGAGGACGUCAUGGAGCGCUAUCCCAGGAUUAUCAAGCUCACCAUUGGUAACAGUGUCCUGUUUAUCGUGGAUCAGAUUUUCAUCAAACUGUCUGUCGCCGCUUACUUUUACCGGAUUUGCGAGGGUUGGCAGCGCUAUGUCAUUGUCGGCAGUGUCACGAUCUUUAGUCUGUUCAACUUCGCAUUUCUCUUCGUCAGCCUCUUCCAAUGUGGCAUACCGACAGUCAUUAACCUCCUCACUGCGAGUACUACCGGGGCUUGCAUCAGUUGGCCUCGAAUCGUCAAGCCUCUACUAUAUGUUGGUGUCUCACUAAACGCCGCAUGCGACUGGGUCUUCGUACUGGCAUGCCUCCCGGUCCUUUCGAAACUGCGGCGCAUGCCUACCAGCGAGAUGCUGUGCGUCUGCUUUCUGAUCUUCCUCGCCACUGGUGCCAGCGUCCUGUCACUAGUGCGAAUCAGGUACCUUCCUGCAGGCGGAACAGACGUUUUGCUUCUCAAGCACAACGAUGACUUUGCCGUCUUGUCGUUUGUAGAGGCUGGGACCGCCAUCAUUACUGUCUGCAUGUCAACUCUACACCCGUUGUUCCAGGCCUUUGCGAGAAAAAGAGGAAGUUCGAAAUAUCCGGCAACCAGCAGCCCCAGGAGAGACGACUCCGAACAGACUCCAUCCGAGAAGAAGCGAUCAGAGCCCAGCUCAGAAGAGUGGUCGACUGAGCACUCCGACAUUGGUCGCAUAGGAGUACUGCCUACAAUUUACGAUACUGAGAUAGGGACGAUGACAGAACGAGAACCUCCGAGACACUAUACCGAUGGUUGGAACGGCUGAAAAAAUACAUGCUCAAACCA